AAAUAUGCUAUGUCAAAAAAAAUGUAGUUCACCUCUUCGUCCAGACGGGGUUGCUGAGUCCCCCUUUAAUGUGCACCAGUAUCGCUUCCAGUUCAAUUGCCUUCAUGCGCGUUUUAUUUUGAAACGCAAAGUCAGCAGCAUAAACAAACUAGCAACGAUUAGCUUUGAGUCAGUGUGACAUGGACGAGCCGGACACCGCGGCGAUCCUCCCCGACGAUGAAGUGUCGACCAGCGGCUCAGCCGGGCAAAAAGAGGAGGCUGACGUGCCGACCACCCGCUCCGUACGACCACCGUUCACAUGCCCGCUGCCGGUGUCUGUGGAGCCAGUGUUGUUCCUGUCCAUGUUUUCUCUGGCCCUGCAGGCGCCUCUGUCCACACAGUACCUGUGGGACCGCAUCAGCGAGGACCUCGGCUACAACGGCUCCAAGGGGUCGGGGUGCAGCAACGGCUCCGUGCCCCCCGACCCUCUUCAGAAGGAGGUGGAAACGUUGACAGCCCACUGGAACCUGUACAUCAGUCUUGGAGGAUUUUCUGUAGGCCUGUUAGUGGUGCCUCUCCUGGGCUCAUGGAGUGACCUCGCCGGUCGCAGACCUGUCCUCAUCCUGCCCAACCUAGGCCUGGCCCUCCAAGCGGUGGUCUACCUAGUGGUGAUGUACCUGAAGCUACCUGUCAUCUACUUUCUAGUGGGCAGGCUACUUAGUGGCCUUUCGGGUGAUUUCAACGCCAUCCUGGCCGGCUGCUUCUCGUAUGUAGCUGACACCAGCGACAGAAGGUCCCGCACCUUCAGGGUGGCGGUCUUGGAGGCUUGUCUGGGCCUUUCAGGGAUGCUAGCCAGCGUCAUCGGAGGGCAGUGGCGGCGGGCACAAGGGUACAUCAACCCUUUCUGGCUGGUCCUGGCCACUAACUUGGCCUCGGCUCUGUACGCUUACCUGUUUGUCCGUGAGUCUGUCUUUCCAGACCCAAGUGUCCCGCUCUUCAGCUCUCGCCACUAUAAAGCUGUCUGGCACCUCUUCUCAACAGGAGGCAGUAGUAGUGAGGGAAGUGGCAGAUGUAAGCUGUGGCUUUACAUGCUGUGUUUCUUUCUGGUGGUGACUGUACACUUCGGCAGCAGGGAGUUGUAUGUGUUGUAUGAGCUCAGCUCACCGCUGUGCUGGGGGCCAGCUCUCAUUGGAUAUGGAUCAGCGGCUCAGCACCUGGCCUACCUUACCAGUCUGCUGGGGCUGAAGAUCAUGCAGCGAUGUCUGGCGGACUCCUGGGUGGCUCUCGUGGGUCUGGCAUCCAACGUCACUGGGCUGGUGGUCUUCUCUGUAGCGGACACUACGCAGCUUAUGUUCACAGGUUACGGUCUGUGUUUUCUCUUCAUGGCUGCAACACCUGUUCUUAGGUCAAAGCUGUCCAAGUUGGUGGACCCAUCCGAACAAGGUGCUCUUUUUGCGUCUGUUGCCUGUGUGGAGAGUUUAUGUUUUCUGGUGGGCAGUGGCCUCUUUAACUCCCUCUACCCAGCCACACUGCACUUCAUGAAGGGUUUCCCCUUCCUGUUUGCUGCCUUCAUCCUCUUCAUCCCUGCUGGAAUAAUUGGGACCCUGCAGUGUUUAGACCAGAGGAGAGGCCACAGAGACCCGACAGCAUCCUGACCUGAAGGGAGGUUUCAGUCUAUGAGGUGAGCAGCUCUGAGACAUCAUAUCAUCUGUGAUGCUGAGAGACUUCUUGGCCGUAACACAUUGACGGGGCAGCUGACUGUUGUUAGCUAGCUCAGUGAUGGGAUUCUUCCAACCAGUCACACCAAAGUGAUCAAGAGCAAAGGAUGAAGAAUCAACCUCCUGACUGUCAUUACAGUUUUUGCAUAGUCCUCCGAUAAUGAACAAGAUUCGAUACUUGCUUUCAUUUUGUGAUUUUACAUAUUUCCAUUACGACGUAAUGAGUGCCAAAGAAUGUGCCUUACAUUUCCAUUUUGAAUGUCAGUAGCUCUAAUGACACACGACAGGUGAAGGUGCUAAGAAUGUUUCAUAUCAAGCAUGGAUGCAAAGUAAUGUGUUUUCAGACGGUGAUUUAAGUGCAGUAGUAAUCAGUAAGUAAUCACUAAGUUUGACAUCCUUGACACAAUAAUGAUUAAUAUUUUUUAGGAUAUUAACGAUGGAAUUUUGAUCAAUCGCAAUUCAGCUUGCUGGACUGUAACACCCAAAGACAUUGAUCAUGGACCUUCUUAUUGUUUUUGUUUAACAUAUUUCUGUGUAUUUAUAACAACAAGGGCAAAAACUAUAAGGACAACAGGUAUAAGGACAACAUGUGGAAAGGGAUAAUGACAAGUGGAUUUAUACGCAGCUCAAGUAUUGUGAAACAUUUUCUGCAAGCCUGCUGUUAUAAUGUUUAUUAGUUUAAUUGUUUUUAUUGAAUCAUGUAUUCCGGUACAAUCAAUUUGUUGGUUCUCAUCUUAUGUAUGUAUAUGACUCUUUAACCCUCAGCAACAAAACUAGUAAGCAGAUUUCCUAAAAGUCUUUUCCAUUAAGCUCAGUCAAAAGCUGCUGCUCCUUUAUUUAUUUACAAAAGCCAACCACCGCUGUUAAAAUAGUAAUUUCGUAACAAAAGUGCCAUCAAGUGAUGAGAGACAACCUCACUUCUGGCAGUGAGUUUUAUUCCACAAAGGGAGGUAAAAGAUAUAAAUCUAGUUUUGCUUUGAGAUAUGUUCUAAAUCUACUAAUUGUCACUCAUUGAGAUCAUAUAGAAUGAGUCACGGUUAUAUAUAUGUGAUAUUUUUACUUAGAGAUAGAUGACUUAGAUGACGUGAUAGAUGAUGAUAAUGAACCAUUCUGAAUUAAUAACUAAUUUGGAGCAAAUACAAGUACAGAAACCGACCUGUGAUUGUAGCACAUUUUGUAUUCAGUAUAUAAGAUCAAGCUUUUUCUAGCCACCUGUUUACCUUUGUGUGCUUCUUUAUACUUCUACUGUACUACAUUACAGUAGCAAGUAUUGUACUUUUUACUCCUCACUCCUUACAUAAGUUACUACUUAAAUUGUGAUGGGUUUUUUUUAUAGGUUUAGAUAAGACUUUAUUGAUCCCCAGGGGGAAAUUCACGAGCUACUCAGCCGUACUUAUAGUAGUUGAAAUGAGACCCACCUUUAGCAGCUCUAGCGUGAUGUACACAUCAGUUAUAAUAAUCCAAUAAGAUCAUUUGCAAACUGUAGCCGCAGCCAGGGAUUACUGAGUUACCCUUUGACCCUCCCUCCUCUUUCCAUAAAGCAGAGCACAGUCCAGACUCCCUCCAGAGUCCCCCUCCCACCACCACAACAACACUCGAUAGUCCCAAAGCACAGGCCCACAGCCAACAUGCACACAGAGGUUGGGUCUUAGUCGCACAGUGAGGGAACAAGAGCUGCCGAAUCAGCUUUAAAAUGCACAAAGGGAAGUUUGGAGGUCAAGUGAAGUAUUAACUCAGAUAAUGUGAAUUGAUCUGCAUGAAGAUUAUUCUUGACAGUGGGUGGAUCAUGUGGUCACAGCCAUUCUUCAAGUGUCUAUUCUUCAUUGUGCAAUAUUUGUAAGUUGCAAUCAUUUUAUUUAUUGGAAUAUGACUGGAUCAUUUUGGAUACUUUGUGAUAAAGAUGGUGAUUACAUUUGUUUGUCACACAUAAUGAAGUUCAAAUAAAGACUUUCAUUGUGAAAUGUUUUAUAACACAUUUUAUUUGACCAUAUUUCAAAUGAAGGGAACAAAUUAUGUUUGUUUCACACUGAAAACAUUAAAAAACAUGAUGAUAAAAAAUAAAA